CAGCAUACUUGCCGUGUUAUGAUAGUUCAAAGCAUUGAUUUCUGAUAGUAGUCAAUUAUUUAGUCAUACGUCAAAAAUAUUAGAAUUGUGAUUUGUUGAUCUUUUCUUUCAGUGAAGUGUCCAGUGAGUGUUAAUUUCUGGAAAAUAUUUGCAGUCGUAACAACUUUUCUACAAACCAGAUCAUAGUACGCUAUACGUCUAGUAAGGACGCCAAGAUUAAGUAGGUACUAGACUAGUAGAGGAACCAGUGAACUAUGAAAAAUGAUACCACACGCUGACAAUGAGAAAAGUGACGGAUACGACUACGAUACUGAGGAAAAAACUAUGAAAUGGCACCAUAAGAUUUUGCUAAGCAGUUCACUGAAAGUGGCUUUGCUGGCGCUUAUAACAGCAGUUAUAGCACCUAUGCUAGUAUACCACUACGUGUACUACCCAAGUCUGGAUCUGCCACCUUCAGAUGGAUUCUCUGCCGGCUCCUGUCUUGUCCGGAGAUCAGCCAGGCUGAUGUGUGGCGUAGGGCAAGUCAACGACUCAAAACUAUGCCACCCACAAUGUUGUUACGACACCGACAACAGCAUAUGCUUUCAUAGAUCCCCUUCUCGUUUCACCUACGUAAUGGACGACGAUGAAUGGGAUGCAAAUACAACGCUAAGAUCUAGAAUUUCCACCUCACCUUUUAAUUUCACAGACACUCUAAGACAGAUAAAGCUAUCAAUAGAUGAUGUUUCAGCUACCCACGUGUCUGUAGCAUUUCACAACCCACUGCUUUUGACAUUGGAAAGCAGGAGAAUUGAAGAAAAAAAUUACACCUACCAAGUCGAUUCACCGGAACUGAGCGUUGUUGUCAGUGACAAUCUUGGCAAUGAUAUAUUUAACACAAUAAGAGGACCUAUUAUAGCAGCGGAAAAUAUUUGGGAGGUAGUUUUUAAGAUGACUGAUGAAGACAUGUACGGACUGGGAGAAAUACCCUUAGAAGAAGGUAUGGUGAAAAUAAUAUAUAGCAAUGCUAGAGGCGAAAGUGGCGUGCCGUUGAUAUUUUCACAAACUAAUGGGAGUUAUCACGGUGUUCUGUUGGAUAUAUCGGGACCUACAGAGGUGACGUUUGCAGGGGAAAACCAAAUAGUUGUAAGAAGUAUAACAAAUGUAGGUAUGAAGUUCCACUUGUUCUCUGGACCGACGCCUAAAGACAUAAUGACAGAUGUAACGAAGAUACUAGGAUUUCAAAACCAAUUACAGUAUUGGAUGCUUGGCGCCCACAUCUGCAGCGACCUACCGUCAUCAGAUGCCCAAACAGAUCUAAGUGACUACCUAACAGCGGCUUUAAAAGAUAAGUUGCCUUUUGAAAGUCACUGUGGUACUGCUCCAGUUGUUUUUGAUGAUGAUGUGUGUGAGGACAGUGUUCAAGCUAACCUGAAGGCCGAUUCAACUCUAGUACGGAACAACAACAAGCGAUUCAUUCCUCACAUUUCGCCUUAUAUCUCGGUAUACUAUGAAGAAUCCGAGGAAACAUUUGACGAUAACAGCACUCAUAUAGAAACAACAACAGAAUUCAUAACGGAAUCAAUAACGGAAUCAUAUUGCCGCAACAUUAGUUCUGAAUAUGACAACCUAAUGUUACGGUCAGCAGAUACUGAGAAACCUUACAAAGGAAAAGUAGGAAAUGCGUUCGUCAUAUACCCCGAUUACAAAGAACAGGGCACCGAGAAGGUUAUGAGAAAGCUAUUGGAUGGUACAGAAAUAGAUGGAGCUGUAUUGGAAAACAACUGGCCUUUAGAUGAGUCGUUUAAAUUUGUGAAUGAAACUUCUGAAUACCUUCCGUAUUUCAGUAAGAAUUUUGAAGAUGCUUUCAAUUACACACCUCAAUGGAACAUCACGCGCCCUAAUGGAGAGAUUUAUAUGUACAAUCAUAACGAAUAUGGAAACAAUUUCGCCAGAACGUUUAGUAAUUUGUAUGAUGAUAAUAUUCCCAUUUGGACGUCAAGUCAGUGGAUGAGCGGAGAUAUAGUCAACAAGCAAAAUGUCAACACAACCUGGACAAAUCUACAAAGAGAAUUGAUUGAAGCUGCUUUAGGAGGCGCAUCAGGCCACAAGCUUUGGAGUUCACCCAUUUGUGGUGAUACGGAACAUUACAAUAACGUAACCCAAGUUAGACUAUGUGUGAAGUGGUAUAUGAUGGCUACAUACUUACCUUUGAUCAAGAUACACUCAAAAUCAAUACCCAGAGAUCCUCUUGCUUUUACUGGCACAAAUAAGAACUAUAUUAUAACAGCUUUGAAUCGCAGACUAAGUUUGCUGCCAUAUUUUUACACGACUCUGCAAGAAGGACCGAUUCUCAGACCAAUGUUUUACCAAUUUCCUGAAUCAAAAAACCUUAGUAGCGUGAAAACACAGUUUAGUGUUGGAGAUGAUCUGCUAAUAGUUCCGGAUCUUCUGCCGAGUCAGACGCAUGUACAUGUGACUAUGCCUCCAGGUGUCUGGUAUGAGCUGUGGAGUGGUGUACAUAUCGAUGCCGAGGAGGGUCAGCCAGUAACUAUGACGACGACAGACGCUGAUUUCUUGACGUUGAUACGCGGUGGAUCUAUACUUGUCAUGCAGAAGGAUGCCAGAGAAACGGCAGAGGAGACCCGCCUACGUUCACAAUACUCAAUCAUUGUGGCUCUUGAUUGUCACAAUGUAACAGUUAAUAUAUCGGACCCCGCCACCGGGAAUGUUGCUAAAAACGUUACAGAAUGCCACGCUGAAGGAAAACUGUACAUAAACGACAAUAUGACACUUGUCUUCGAAGCGAAUGAUGAAUACCUAUCCAUAACAUCUGAAGAUGAAGAUUUCGACGCGUUUUGUGAUGCGGAAAAAGCUGUCUGGGUUGAUCAUGUGAAAGAAAUAUCUGUCUACGGAUUACAAGAGGACUUAAAUAAUUUCGAUCACCAUCGACAUAUUGAAAAUGUGAUCAACUUGUGUGAUCUCAAGGAUAAAGAAGAAAUAGUUAUUCAAUUAAACUAAAACUUUAUAAAAAAAUACCUGACAUUUUAUUUUUAUUACAGAUUAAGUAGGAACUUUAAACGGAAGAACUGUCCUGUGCAAUAAAGUUUAUUUGAUUUGAUUUGAAGAACUAAGUAAAUAGAAUGCAUU